UUGUUUUUUGAUUUUAGUUCUCAAGGAGAUAAGGGACCAAUAACCCUCUUGGAGCCAGGCCUAGCAAAUUCCGUAAAGACACGGUGUAAACUUCCACAAACAGUGCCACCUGUGUCUGCUGCCAUAAGAACGGCCAUACUGGGUCAGACCAAAGGUCCAUCCAGCCCAGUAUCCUGUCUACCGACCGUGACCAAUGCCAGGUGGAGUGAACCUAACAGUAUCUCUGCCAGACCCCAAGGACGGUUUAUAUUGCUGCGGCAUGAAUGUGAGCAGAAUGCUAGAAAGGAACCUCUGCUACGGGGUCUAAGGUAACCCUUCUCUCCCCCCGCCAAAGCACCAUCCUAAUCCAACUGCCUUUCUCUGAGCUCACUGCGGGCUCUCUGCUGCUGCUUGCCAUGCUAGCUGGUGCAUACAAGCAUAAUGGAAGCCAGGAAUGGAAUCCAUGUGCCAUCGCUCACGUGGGGUUCUUGUUCACUAGCACAAAUGAAAUCCUGCCUCCUUUCAAUGUGCGGGAGAUGGAAGUUAACAUGAGGGACCCCUUGCUGUUUCCAUCCCGAUCCCUCCGCAGCUCUGCCCAUCCUCUCUCUCCUGAUCUGCAGCAGAGACUGACCCAGUCCUUCCUGAGCAGAAACUGGCACAUUUCAGCUCAUGCAGUGGUUUGGGGGCUGUAGAGAACUGCCCAUCAGGAGAGGAGUAAGAUGGGAUCACCGGAGCUACCACACUCACGUUGCACACUAGAUCUGUACCCAGACAUGCAAUAGCUCAUGUUUCCAGCAAUACCCAGCUUUAGCUCUGCACUUCCUUCAGGACACGUCCCUCGUACAACCCCAGCAAUUGCUUGGCUCCAGAGCACCCUAAUAGAGAGAGAGCUCAGCUGUAUUUACCUCUGCUGAUUGCAGCCACUCAGUGCAGCAUGAGCUGGUGCCCUGAAGAUUCAAGUACCAAAGGAGAGGCUAAGUGCUAUGCGCAGCAAUUCUAAAUAUAUGGCUAUUGAGUUAUUAACCAGCCAUAUAAAUAGUGGUGUGCAUAGCACUUUUCAUUUCCAGCCGCCACCCCUUUUGUGUUGGCUCAAUCUGUCCUCAGCAGUUUUCGUAAUGAAGCAGCAUUGGAAAAACAUCAUUUAUUUAAUCCCAAAGCAUGAAGUCUUAAAAAGGCAGUGUCCUUUUUCUACACUAGCGUCUGACAGCACAAAGGGAGGAGGGAGGGAUGUUUCCAACAAGGAAACGGGAGAGGCAUUCUUGGGAUGGAGUGGGAGUUAAAGGCCUUGCAAAACUGACCCCUGACAUGAACCUUCAUUCUCACAUUUACUGCCCAGCCAGGUCUACUCAGUGCAGCAGGAGAGUCUUAGCAAGGAGGUUAAUGUCAAAUUGCAGGGGUGUAUCCAACCCAGCAAGAUAGGUAGUAGGAAUCUGGCUUGUUUAAUGUACCCAGAGACUAAGCCCAAUGCCACGCUAAAUGAAAUAUGACCUGAGAAUUCCCUGAAUGUGAUUUCGGAUGAGCAGGAGAAGAAAUCUUUCCUCAGAACACUCCUUCAUAUAGCUAGUUAAGACAGUGAUUUUUUUUGUUCCAGAGGUGCUGAGAACCCACAACCUGUACUGAAGUCAAAAGGAGCUGCAAAUACUCAGCACUUCAGAAACGGGCUCUAAAUAAUGCCAGGCCUGAAGAACACCUCCCCCCUCCUUCCCCUCCCUCCCCUAACGCGCACACACACUAAACUUUGGGGCUGCUGAGAAAUGAAUGCAAGCUUCACCACUUGGGCCCAUCCCAACUAUCACCAGUCCGGACACAGCAGGAAGAGGUUUUGCCGUAGUCGGUGAUUUGCUAGGGCGUGGUAUUGCCUGGGAGAGGAUAUGGAUAAGUCUCAAGGGUCUGUACAAGUCAAGCUGUAGCUGGGAGCUGAUUAGACCUAAGAAAGGGGAACUGAAGAAUGAUGGAGGCAGUCGCCGUUCACACCACGAGGUCUCUCAAGCUUGAUUCAUCAUCCUCUCCUCCUCCUCCUCCCCUAGAUCAACUCUGACUCUGGUGGCAUGGAGGAUGACUAUAGGUGCUGUCAUAUGGGAUGCUGGGGCUUGGAAGCAGGCACUGAGGCUUCUGGUCCCUGGGCGGGAGGGUGGCAUUUGAGCAUGCUGCCAAAAUAAAGGGGUUGGACACAACGUAGGGAGGGUCCUGGUAUAUCGUAAGGCUGUCUUGCUGGGGAACUCUUUAAAGAGCGUGCAUGGAGGCUGGCUGCAAUGCUAGCAGCUCGCCGAUGAGUGUGGGGGAGAGACAGAGCUGCUUGGAGCAUAGCGUGGGAAACGGCAGAUCCAGAUGGGAGUCUUGGGGAGUCCUGGUGAGACCAGCUGAGCAGGGACCAGCCAGGUAGAGAACAUGUGCGCACUCUUAGUCCCUAAGCAAUUCCUCGGUAAGGGGAAGUGUGACUAUCCCCAUUUUACAGGUGCAGUGGAGAGGUGAAGAGACUUGCCUGAGGCCAUACAACAAGAGCUGAAAACAGAAGGUAGGUCUCCUCCUCCCAGCCCCUGCCCUGUUCUCCAGCUCACGCUGCCUCCACCAUACAAGUUCCUCCAUUUCUAAACUCCCCUCAGCCACACAUGUCUCAGUUGAGCUGCCUCCUUUUCAUGCUUCCUGUCUUUGGAGAAAUACUGGUGGUGUCUCUGAGGCCACCCAGGAGAUCCACCAAAUGAUUUCUUAGGUCCCUGACUUAUGUUCCAAACAGACAUGACUUCCCACAGCAUCCUCCCCGCAGGAUGCAGAUUUUGCAUUAUUUUCACCUUAUUAGGGGUCACCUGCUUACACAUGUAUGCUUCCACCAUAUCUCUGCAGCUGUGUCUUCACCUACAACCCUUAUCACUGAAAGCCAUCUGAAUCCGGUGGGACCAUGAGGCUGGUUCUCCAUCAGCCCAGCCCUCCCCCUGUAUUCCUCGCUCAAACUGCAGCUGUUGGAGCUAAACCUCUUUGCAAAACGGCAUUUCCUUUCAACAGCUUCAGGCAUUCUGGAUAGGGAAACUGGGCCAUACAGACCAUACAAGGGAGUGAUUUGCCAAUGAACUCGCAUCAGGUCUGGUGGAGGGGGAAGUAGAACUCAGAAGUUCUUGGUUCCCAAGAGACUACUUUCUACCAAGUCAGUACUGAUACCAAAACCAGCCAUUGUGAUGCUGAGAGUGAUAGUCUGCAGACGAGACUUAAAACAAGGGAGACUCCACAAUGCCAGCAUCCCAGAGCCGGGCCAGAGCCAGAGAGCGGAACAAUGUCCUGAACAGGGCUGAGUUCCUCUCAUUGAACCAGCCCAUGAAAGGGAACCAGGAGACCAGGAGCUCCAGCAGAAAGCAGGGCAGCCAGUCUGGUCUGGCUCCCACCCAAAACGAGGGCACCAAGGAGCGGAGGCAAUCGCAGCAGCUUCCUGAGGAGGACUGCAUGCAGCUGAACCCCUCCUUCAAGGGAAUUGCCUUCAACUCCCUGCUGGCCAUCGAUAUCUGCAUGUCCAAGAGGCUGGGGGUCUGUGCCAGCCGCGCCUCGUCCUGGGGCAGCGCCCGCUCCAUGAUCACACUCAUCGGGAUCACAGGGCAUGGCGUACCCUGGAUCGGGGGCACACUCAUCUGCCUGGUGAAGAGCAGCACGCUGGCGGGACAGGAGGUCCUCAUGAACUUGCUGCUAGCCUUACUCCUGGACAUCAUGAUUGUUGCAGGAUUGCAGAAGCUGGCCAAGCGACGAGGCCCAUACGAUGUCCACCCCGGCCUCUUGGACUAUCUGACCAUGGACAUCUAUGCUUUCCCAGCCGGCCACGCCAGCCGAGCUGCCAUGGUGUCCAAAUUCUUCCUCAACCACCUGGUUUUAGCCGUCCCACUCCGGAUCCUGCUGGUCCUCUGGGCCUUCUGCGUGGGGCUUUCCCGCAUCAUGAUUGGACGGCACCAUAUCACAGAUGUCCUGUCCGGCUUUGUCUUUGGCUACUUGCAGUUCAGGCUGGUGGAGUUGUUGUGGAUGUCUUCCAACACGUGUCAGAUGAUAAUAUCAAUCUGGUGAACACAAGAAUCCCUGACAGAAACUAGCAGACACUUUAAGAUUCUCUCUCUCAUUUUUUUAAAAUAUAAUUCUUCAUAUUUAUUGGGAAAAAAAUUAACUUCCAUAAGUAGUAUUCUUUUUACUGUUGCUCCCCUGCCUGAAAAAAAAUGUUUCUUGCAGAUGGUUAGGCUUCAGCAAUCAAGGGCCAGCCAUUACAGUAUUUUGGCCACUUUUUAAAAUCCCAUUUGGAUGGUAACCAAACUAAGCAGUAAAGAUAACAAAAUGAGUUCUCUUUGGAUGGUGCACAUCUGAUGCCCAGGUGUGGUCUCAGAAAACCUGUUAUCCCUUUGGGAUGCGUUAAUUAGCUUCUUGGAGGCAAAACAUUCUGGGGCGAAGUUCUACAGCGCUUUUUCUGUCUGCCAGCCCAACGGUUGUGUCUUGUACAGGGCCGGGCACACUGCCGGCACCUCACAGAUAAUAAAUAAUCAUAAAAGUUC